CCACCUCAAGUCCAAAAGGCCGCGGUGGUCAUUUACACACCACACCUCUUUCUCCUUCACAAAGCCCGCCCAGUAUUCUCUUCUCUCGACCACUUUCCUUUCCAUCCGUUAACAAAAACAGAAAUUUGAAAGAAAAGAAAAUGCACCUCUUCUCUCCUUCCUCUUCCACUUCUACUUCGAAAGCAGCUUUCACUCUCUUCUCUCCCUCUCAAAACCCCAACAACAAUUCCAAACUCUACUUCAAAGUCCAUACCAAAACAAGAACAACUAUACCAUGUUCCUCUAAGGAAUCCCCUCCUGUUCUAGACCCAAAACCUCUCUCCUUAGAAUCAUCAAGAACCAGUGAGCUUAGCAACCGGGAAAGCAAUGUUGUUAUUGAAUCAAAUAGAGAUUCUUUGGAGGGAAUGCUGGUUGUUCGCCGGCCGGAAAUGGAGGUUCCCGGUGAGGAUUCCGGCGAGAGUAGUGAGAAAGAGAGCGAUGAUGAUAACACUAAAUCCUUGACAAUCAUUGAUGUGGGCCUUGAGGAGUUUGCAAAAAAGAUGCCAAUUUUUGAGCCAGAGAGAGUGGGGUCCUCUGGUUCCGGUCCUCAGGAGAAGCCACUUGAUGUGAAUUUGGACUUGGCUUUGUAUAAGGCCAAGGUGUUAGCUAGGCGUUUUAAGUAUAAAGAAGCUGAGGAGAUACUGCAAAAGUGUAUUAGUUAUUGGCCUGAAGAUGGGAAGCCAUAUGUGGCAUUAGGGAAGAUAUUGGGGAAGCAAUCAAAAACAGAAGCAGCAAGAGCUGUGUAUGAGAAAGGGUGCCAGGCAACUCAAGGAGAGAAUCCUUACGUUUGGCAGUGCUGGGCUGUUUUGGAAAAUAAAAUGGGUAAUAUUAGGAGAGCAAGAGAGUUAUUCGAUGCCGCCACAGUUGCUGAUAAAAGACACGUAGCUGCUUGGCAUGGUUGGGCAAUUCUAGAGCUAAAACAGGGAAAUGUUAAGAAGGCAAGGCAAUUACUUGCUAAAGGCCUUAAGUUUUGUGGUGGAAAUGAGUAUGUUUACCAGACACUGGCACUUUUGGAAGCUAAAGCAAAUCGAUAUAAGCAGGCUCAAUACUUGUUCAGGCAAGCAACUAAGUGUAAUCCAAAAAGCUGUGCCAGUUGGCUUGCAUGGGCACAACUAGAAAUGCAACAGGAGAACAAUCUUGUCGCAAGGAAACUCUUUGAGAAAGCAGUACAAGCAAGUCCUAAGAACAGAUUUGCAUGGCACGUAUGGGGAGUUUUUGAAGCUAAUAUUGGAAAUAUUGAGAAAGCAAGAAAACUUUUAACGAUAGGCCACGCACUUAAUCCAAGGGAUGCUGUUCUGCUUCAGUCUCUUGCUUUAUUGGAAUAUAGACAUUCUACUGCAAAUCUUGCGCGAGUAUUGUUCAGGAAAGCAUCUGAAUUGGACCCAAGGCACCAACCCGUUUGGAUUGCUUGGGGAUGGAUGGAAUGGAAAGAAGGCAACAUAUCCACUGCAAGGGAGUUGUAUCAAAAGGCUCUUUCAAUUAACACAACCACUGAAAGUGCAGCUAGAUGUCUACAGGCUUGGGGUGUCCUAGAACAAAGAGCUGGUAACCUGUCCGCAGCUCGAAGAUUAUUUAGAUCAUCCCUGAAUAUAAAUUCUCAGAGUUAUGUAACAUGGAUGACAUGGGCACAGUUGGAGGACGAUCAAGGAAACAGUGUGCGUGCUGAGGAAAUUCGGAACCUCUACUUUCAACAGCGUACCGAAGUUGUAGAUGACGUCUCAUGGGUUACAGGAUUUUUAGAUAUCCUUGACCCAGCAGUUGACAGCAUAAAGAAGCUCCUGAACAUGGAUCAGGACCCGUACAAGAAGGCACAGGAAGCUUUGAGAAAUAUAUCAAGAGGUAAAGAAAAAGGUGUCGAUGACAACUCAGCCGGUAAUCCAUCCUCUAACAGCUUUGGCAAUGAUAAAGAAGGAAGGGGUAGUGGACUGGAUUUGGAUUCCUUCAUUAAAGAAAGGUUGUCUCUUGAUGCAACCAAGUUUGAUGUCAACCUGGAAACAUCUGCUGCAAAUCCGGCCCCAUGGAGAGGCAAGUCACCAAGAAGUAUAUGGAAACCAGUAAAAAGCAAUCGCAAAAACGGUGCCAAAUUCUAGCUGUCGUUUCAAAGAGGCAGGUUUAAAGUGGCACUGAAGUUCAUGGUUCAAGAAACUUAUAGUCUGAAAAUCGAAAAUAUUAUUUAGUACAGUAUCGCUGUAACUAUAGCAGAAUGUCUCCGUAGAACACAGUGAUUUGUAAACUGCUAACACAUGGAAAGAUAAUCCGAGAUUAAAUUUGUUGAUACUAAAUUACAGAUGUAACAGCCACAAACAAUCUAUUUUAUAUAAUGCUAACUAGAGGCGUUAUUUACCA